CGCGCAGUGGUGAAUCGGCCCCGAGCUUUAGUGGUCGAAUAGCGGCCUGCCCACAGCUCUAGCGGCUGAGUGAAAUGCGCACUGACGUGCUGGAGCCACUGCAGCUCGUCCCGCCCCGCUAUUCUGGCCAAGCUCGCCUCCAUCCAUCGCGACGCUUCCUCUCCCUUGCAUAGAACUUCAUCCUCCUCACCCUCACCCGUAUUCGUGCUUUUUAUACCGGCUCUGAUGCCUCCUCGACACUGAGCUGGUUCCCGCAAGACCACCUGCCCCAUCCUCUGAGUUCCGUCCUGCCUCCCCCCCGAACUGGAAGGCCCUCGGAUAGCUUUCCCCCCGCAGCAUGUCUAUCCCACCACGAGGCUGCAGCUACCGCAUUUCGAGCCUUGCAACCGCCCUGGUUCCCCAUCGCUGAAGCAGUUCAGUUGAGCCUUCAACACUCAGCAUUGCCCUGCCGCCAUGCCGAAGAAGGGCUCGACACCCCCGAAGCGCCCUCUGGCGGCUGACAAGGGGAAGGGGAAGGCCAAGGCCGUUGCGGACGACGACCAUGGCAGCACCAGCGCCAGCGCCAGCGCCAGCGCCGGCAACAGGAGCGACACGACGCCGCAGUCACAGACGACUCAGGCUGGGCCGUCGACAUCCAACACGCUGCUUCAGCUGUCGAAACGUAGGCGUGGGCUGGGGGUUGUGACGCCCAAUGCCUGCACGGAAUGCCGCAAGAAGCGAGCAAAGUGCGACGGCCAGCAGCCUUGUGCGCGCUGCAAAACCACAAAGGACGCUGACUGCGUCUACGAAGUUCCCGUUCGCCAAUCCAAAGAAACCCUGCGUACGGAAAUCGAGUCCCUGCGCUUGCGCCAGCGCUCCUCCGACCAAGUCUUUGGCGCCUUGAUACAGCCGCAUCUGUGGGAAGAGGUGCUGGCGCGCCUUCGCGGAGGCCAGUCCGUCGACAGCAUCUCCGAGUGGCUUGGGAGCGUCAAUGUCACCGAGGCCGCCCCGAGCUCGAUCUAUGCGCAGCAUGCUGAUCCCACCAUGAUGGACCACAACUUGGCCAUGGCAACCUAUGGUGCUUCUGGAGCUCCCAUUCCGACCAUGUCUCUCACAAUGGAUCCCGGGUCGAUUCCCAUGGAGAUGGGGGGGCCGGCCAGCCCUUGGCACUUUUCGUCGCAAAGCCAGGGCGGCUCGACCCGGAGCGGCUCUCACCCGGACCUCAUGAACUGGACCUCCGAGAUGAGUGUUGCACCACAGUCGCGGGUUGGCUCAUGGGCAGAGAGCAUGCACACCGCCCACCUCACCGACGGCAUGCACCGAUACCGGGGGAUCGAGCAAGUUCUGGCGCCUCUGAACGAGCCUGAAAUCAAGCAGCCGGCUGGGACCUGGACCAGCAUCACCAACGAUUUUAACUUGGUCCAGCACCUAUUGGCCCUGUACUUUUGCUGGGAGUAUCCCACCUUUGCUUCGCUCAGCAAAGAGCACUUUCUCCGCGAUUUUCAGGAUGGAAGACAUCGGUACUGCUCCCCAAUACUCGUCAAUGCGCUGCUUGCCCUUGGCUGUCGAUUCUCUACCCAGCCCAUGACCAGAGCCAACCCCAACGACCCCUACUCCUCCGGCGAUCACUUCUUCAAGGAGAGCCAACGACUCUUCAACGAGGAGACGGACCACCACUCGUUGACGACCAUCCAGGCUCUGGGCAUCAUGUCGAUCCGCGAGGCCAGCUGCGGCCGUGACUCGGAGAGCUGGUAUUACGCCGGCCAGAGCAUAAGGCUCGCUGUGGAGAUGGGCCUGCAUCGCAUCCACGACGAGGACGACGAAGAUGAGCUGGCAGUGCAGUCGGCAACCUUUUGGGGAGCCUUUGCCUUGGAUCAUGCAUGGUCUCUAGCCACGGGCUCGCUACCGCAGUGCUCGUGCUUUCCUCACCUGCCACCCAAACCGGCCAUCAUCAGCGACAUAGAAGCCUCGCUCUGGGUACCGUAUACCGACGACGGCGAGCCGUUGCAGCGGUCUUGCGAACAGCCAUCCAAUGUACGUUCAGUUUACAAGUGUUUUUGCGAGCUCAGUGAGCUUGUCCACCAGUCUCUUUAUGUUCUCCAUUCUCCCGGGAGGCCGCUUACCGCGCGGGAUCUCCUGAAUAUUUACACCCAGUACCUAAACUGGUACGACCGCAUCCCCGAGGUUUUGAGGUUGGGACACAACUUUACUCCGGCUGUCUUGUUUGCUCACAUGUACUAUCAUUUCGCCAUCCUCCUCCUCUUCAGGCCCCUGAUCAAGCUCCGUAUCAUCGGGUCCAAGGUAUCGCCGCGAGACGUUUGUUCGCAAGCUGCCGAUGCGAUCCAGGGCUUAUUAACGUCCUAUGCCCAGCUCUAUACGCUUCGUAGGACGCCGUCAUUUGUACCAUAUUUCGUCCUGACGUCGGCCAUUAUGCAUCUGGCGAUAGGUGCUAGCAUGGUCAAGAGCGACGGCUCUGAAACCAGCGAAGAGAAGAUGAAGAAGGCAGCCAAAAUAGACCCACGUGUGUCCGAGGCCCUCAGCCGGGGCAUUGCGGAUCUGACAGAGAUGGCGCCGUGCCACCACUUUGCCGAGCAAGCGUUGAACAUCUUGCGAUACCUGGCCAAGAAGUGGAACAUUGAGGUCAAUGUCGACGGCGACAAGGUGCCGCCGGAAGACCCCGACAACCUGGUGAGGCCUUACUCGAGCAGCCUCAACUUCUUUGCGCCCAACGUUCAGGAGAGCGACUUCAUGUGCGGCUGGGGGCCCAGCGCCGAGAUGGUGGAAACGCUGCAGGCGCCCAACAUCAAGAAGACGGCCGAGACGGCGGAGAACCCGCUCUUCUGGCCGUUUCCGAUGCAGGGGAGACCGCUGCUGCCUAUUGGCCCGGAACUGGAGCAGGCUGGUUUCAUCAAGAUUUGAUGCGGCUGUUCCUUUUUCCUCUUUUCUAUUGUAGUAAUACUUCGGGGUUGCGUACAUAUAAACGAAGCGGUGCGCCUCACGGACGCGGACUGGGUUUGGAUACCAUUGGGAACUUGCUUUAUCAUGGUGUGGAGGGAUUCUUGGUAUAUAGUAAAAGGAAUAAACCAAUUUGUUACUUGCUUCC